ACUAAGGCGCCAAAAAGGCACGUGAGUGAAUGUAUGGUCAUUUCAAUGAGUUCCAGAUUUUUCUAACCAGCUUGUACAAGCGUAACAAGCCUAAACUCCCAGUAUUUAAAGGCCACACCUGCUUAAAUUCCUGCUCGUGCUUGACACACUCUGAUAAGGUUUCAGAAAAAACACAUCCUUUGCAAAUACUGGGAAAAAGAGAUGGAUGACUCAAACAGGUGGGAAGGAUACGGAAACUGGCGAAACGGACCAGCCAUUAGAGGCCGUCACGGUGGUGCACUUGCAGCCUCUUUUGUCCUUGUUGUGGAAGUUCUGGAGAACCUAGCAUAUCUGGCCAAUGCAAGCAACUUGGUUCUCUACUUGACAAAGUUCAUGAAUUUUUCUCCAUCCACCUCAGCAAAUACAGUUACCACCUUCAUGGGAACUGCUUUCCUCCUUGCUCUAGCUGGUGGCUUCUUGUCUGACUCCUACUUCACUACCUAUUCAAUCUAUCUAAUCAGUGCAAUAACAGAGCUUCUGGGUUUAUUGAUUCUCACAGUGCAAGCUCAUAUUCCGUCGCUGAAACCACCCAUGUGCAAGUCCAUCAACAGAAACGUCACGUGCCAGGAAGUUGACCAGGGUAAGGCUGUACUUCUAUUUACAGGCCUCUACUUGGUUGCACUAGGUGUUGGUGGGAUUAAAGGCUCACUUCCUCCUCAUGGAGCCGAGCAAUUUGACGAGCACACUACAGAAGGAAGGAAACAGAGAUCAUCAUUCUUCAAUUACUACGUAUUCUGCCUCGCCUGUGGAGCGUUGAUUGCAGUCACGUUUGUGGUGUGGAUUGAAGACAACAAAGGCUGGCAGUGGGGUUUUGGAAUUGCAACUGCAGCCAUAUUGAUCUCUAUACCAAUCUUCCUCCUUGGAUCAACUAGAUAUAGGAUAAAGAUUCCCACAGGAAGUCCCAUCACAACCAUACUUAAGGUUUUGAUAGCUGCAACAUACAAGUUCUGGAUUUCAAGGAAAACCAAGAAUGCUAUCGAGAAUGUGAGCAGAACACCAUCAAGUUCGACAGAGGAUGAAGAACACGCUACAGGAAAGGCCGAAAGCCAAACCAUCACAGAAGAUCUCAGGUUCCUUAACAGAGCAUUAGAUGCCGCACCAGCCCAGCCAAGGCUUCACUGCACCACAAAGCAAAUAGAAGACGUGAAAUCAGUCCUUAAGACCCUUCCAAUAUUCAUGUCAACAAUCAUGCUCAACUGCUGCCUCGCCCAGCUAUCCACUUUCUCAGUCCAACAAGCAGCCACCAUGAACACCAAAAUCGGAUCUUUAAAAAUCCCACCAGCUUCUCUGCCAGUAUUUCCUGUCCUCUUCAUAAUGAUACUCGCGCCACUCUACGACCACAUCAUAGUCCCCUUCGCCAGAAAGCUGACCAACACUGAGAUGGGAAUCACACAUCUGCAACGGAUUGGGACCGGCCUAGUCCUCUCAAUCCUGGCCAUGGCCGUGGCAGCAAUGGUGGAGGUGAAGAGGAAGCAUGUCGCUAUACAAACAGGCCUAAUGAAUUCAAAGGAGCCUCUACCAAUCACAUUCCUUUGGGUGGCCUUGCAAUACCUCUUCCUUGGUUCAGCCGAUCUUUUCAGCUUGGCUGGCAUGAUGGAUUUCUUCUUCACCGAGGCACCAUUCAGCAUGAGGUCACUAGCAACCUCCCUAUCAUGGGCCUCACUAGCAAUGGGUUAUUAUCUCAGUUCAGUGCUAGUAAAUGUGAUCAACUGCAUCACAGGCGCAUUCCAUCAUAAACCGUGGCUCUAUGGCAGCAAUUUGAACCAUUAUCAUUUGGAAAGAUUCUACUGGUUCAUGUGCAUACUAAGUGGCCUCAACUUCUUGCACUAUCUGUUUUGGGCACACCGCUACACCUACAAAACAUCGGAGCCUAGCAGCCAUAUGGAGAUUCCAAAUCAGCAUCAAUCACCUGAGGCUUGAGUUUUCUACUAGGAUCUAAAGCUAGGUACUAAUAGAAGUGAGCAAUAAACUAUGCAAUAUAAUGAUAUUUAAAUAUCAGCAUUGUUUCAUAUAGCACUCUAAAGUGCUUACAAUAUGUAUAACUACUCAUUCUCUCAA